AUGGUUACAUCGAAAUCAGUAACAUGGACGGUUGCGCUGUUCGAACUUGUUGCCUCUUGUGCUGCUUUUUUUGGUUCAUUAUCCAUUGUCUGUGCUCAGUUUCAGUCCACAUCCAUCUAUGUCGACAAACAAACACCCAGCCGCCCUCUGAUUGCAAUUUGUAUUGGUAGCCUACUGCUGAUUCUGUUCACAGUUUUUACGAUGAUGGGCCUGUCCAAAGGCAAGCCAUUAUUUAUGGUACCCCGCAUCUUAUUACUGGUAACUAUUCCAUUUAAAUGCCUAGUACCUGUGGUAAAUUACAAACGUGUCAGAACAAAAGAAGGUGCAACUGAUGCGCUUGAUGUAUUACGUACGCAUCCCGGUAACAGCAACACCGCGAUUGUUCAGGCCGCCUUGGUAACCCUGAGGAGUUUCUGUUACUUUGGUUGA